UACAGGUAAAUAGGUGUGGUUUCAAGAACGCGCUCUGACAGAAAUGUGCUCACUUCCUCAUCAGACACGACUCGGUUACAGACACUCAUCAAGCCAACGACUGUGCGCCAGGAUCACAAUGUCUACAUUUUCAUAAGGCUCAACUGAGACCAAAUGUCGACCCAGCAUAUACCAUCAGAAGUCAUGAUGGCCAUUGUCUGGUCAUCAGGGGUCAAUGAGAACUUUCCCCAAGACGAGACCCUGCAGUACCUGCUCAUUUUGUGCUCCAAAGUAGCCCUGAACACGUUUGUCCUGUCUUUCUGGAGGCACAGCAUUCUCAAGUCCCUGCUGGGGCUGUGCAGUGUCUCUAUGUACGUGGCAGACAUGCUGCUGGUAAGCGCAGUCACCGGUGCGUGGCUCUUCAAAGAACUCCUAUCCACCUCCACCUCCAUGUGCUUCAUCCUGGCGCACGGAUCGGCCGUCUAUGCCCUGCUUCCUCUGCCUAUACUCAUCGCUGGGGCGCUUGACUACAUCAGCUACCCACACCUAGACGUCAGGUCAAGCUCUUGGCGAAGGCUUGUGUGUUACUGCACUUUAGUUGUGCUUCUGUGGGCAUCUGCGUGCUGUUACACCUACAUCUACACGGACACGCAACCUAUAGAGAUUCACAAAGACUACGAGCGAGUCCUGGUGUGCCGUGUUCACGGAUCUACUGUUGUGUUCCAAUUUAGUCUGCAGAUAUCUAUUGCAGUGGGUCUCAUACUUCUGUUUUACUCCAAGAAGACAGUUGGUUGGAUCCGAAGAGCCACAGCAUUUGCUCAAGAGAAAGAUCAACACUGCCCUUACAAUCAGGAGGGGGAGGGAGGAAGUUUUGAAAUUCAAGAAAGUUCUCCUCCUCUCUUUGUCAGUCUGACUCUAGGUUUUGCUUUGAACUGGAUACCCUAUCUGCUGAUGUGUUUGUUGUGCUCCUUUCUGGGCUUUAUGGUGCCAGCUUACGCUAGUGUUAAUCUUCUGUGGAUGGCCUGUGCUAACAGUGUGCUGGUUGGCAUUGCUUUUUGGUUUAGGGGCGCAAGUACUGGACCUUUAAGAAAAUUUCCAGAUGACACAUGUUCGUGGAACAUCUACUGGCAGAUGAGCAAAAGAACUACACCAACUGUGGAUGCACAACUCACUAUGAGAUUGUACAAAAAGGUUCACAUGCCCGUUGUGCCUUUUCAAGAGAUCUAGCCUAAAAUAUCUAAGACUGGCAAUGAUACUGUGCCUUGCGAUCAUGUUAUGUGUUGACAUCUAUAGCUCUGUUACAAACAUCGUGAGCUGCUUAAAAGUUGCAAUGGAAAGGAAGUAGAGACAAAUAUUUUGUUUUGUGUGUCAAACUGUUAUUCAAAACUUUGGGAUCAGUAUGAUUUUUUUUAAGUUUUUCAAUGGAGUCUCUUAUGCUCAUCAAGGAUAUAAUCUAUCAAAAAUGCAGAAAAAAACAGUAAUAAAUAAAUAUUAUACGUUAAUUUUUAUUGCAAUUUCAUGUUGUAAUAUAGAUAAUUUAUUCUUUUAUUUUUGGGAUGCAAAGCUGAAUUUAAUUCAGACAUUACUCCAGUCUUCAGUGUCACAUGAUCUUUCAGAAAUCAUUCUCUUUUAUUAUCAGCAUUGAAACUGCUGUGUUGCUUGGUAUUUUUUUAAAACAUGGCAUACAUUGUCUUUGAUGAAUCAUUUAUUCAAAUUAAAAAUAUUUUCUAAUGCAAGUCACUUUUUGCUGUCAAAUUGUAUCCUUUUAACCCAUCAAUGCUGAAUAAAAGUAUUAAUUUCUUUAAAAAAAGAACUAAAUGUAUAUUUAUUCACCCCUUCAAUAGUAGUAUUGUAACAAAAUUUCAAUUAAGUUAUUUUUAACUUUUUAUUUAUCAAUGAACCUUAAAAAAAGAAUCACAGGUCCAAAAACAUAAUCUACACAACAACGGUUUACAAAAGAUCAUGUGACACUAAAGACUGGGGUAAUGAUCCUGAAAAUACAGUUUUGCUGUAAAAUGUGAUUGUCGAUUUUACAGUCAUUUUAGGAUUUUUGUUGUAAAGCUGUAAAAUUGGAUAUAAUGUCGCACACUAAUAACAUGGUUAAAAUAUUGUUUACAUACACAUACUGUUUGUAUCUUGAGGCUAUACUAUUAAAACAGUAUUUCAACUGA